GAGAAAGUGGAUUCAAUGUUCAAGCGAUCAGAUGGAGCUGAGCACUCAUCUGAGUGUUCAAAUUGUGUUAAGGUGGAUCGCCAACCGCAACCCCAACUAGAGUUGGGCCAGAGGUACUGUAGGUUUUUCACUCCUGAUACGGAACAUCACAGGUUCAAAUUCAACUCUGGCAUAUGGGAGUUCUUAUAGAUCUCUUAUCCAGCAAUCACAACCAAAAAGACAGCAACAACUUCAAGGUUUGGCGAAACUGUUAACAUGUUCGUGCAAUUGUUUAUUCAAAGUCUCAGUUUCUAUAGAUAGCUAAAUUUAUGUAAUACCAGUUGUAUAACAAGCAAGUAUGUGUUAUGUGAUAUCCCUCUCUUUUUUCUAUUUUUUCUUCUUUUUUUACAGGAAAAACCUUCUCCCAUUAUAUGCUUUAGAGAAGGAUUGUCCUUUGUUUUUUUUCUGCAGUGCAUUUAACGUAAUGCUGCCAAUCAAGAACGAUAUGCCAAUAAAUAACUCUCAUUUGUAUGUUCCUCAUCUCUAGAUUAUUAAUUUAGAUCAACAUCAAUGCCGAUAAAAAACAUGGAUAAAUGAGCAUUGUUGAAAGCAACUUUGUAGAAAUGAAUGGUGCCACGUUGAUUAGACUGUCUGACUGACGGCCUAUUAUUUAAGGGUUGUUUCGGCUCAUGAAACUCACCUGUGAUUGGCUGGAUGGUCGCUCAAUCAGCCCAAAGUAACAAUGCAUAAAUAAUACUGUAUACAAAUCCACCAUUUGGAUUCUGUAUGGGUUUAGCUUGGAAAAGUGCGGGGGACAAAAAUCGUGUCCCUCACGUCCCCCGCAGCUGCUACACCCUUGCAUAUGUUCUCAAUCUCUGAAUGUGUUAUAGGAAUGUACAUUUGAAGUCCUGCCAGUGGAGAUGGCUGCCUAUCCAACAAAGGAAAUCCCCCUAGAGAGAGGAUGAUGGCCUGAUGAACUGGUGGAGAACUGUUGAAGGUUGGCUUGAAUGAAAUAGAACAACACAUUUUCAGGAGAAUGAAGAAGAGAUAACUUUUGAGGCCGCAACAGACGGUGUUUUUAUGGUGGCUUGCUUGUUUGUCAGUCUGUUCAACCAGCGUGGAGCCUCUCUGCAGUGUCACAUCGUAGAGUUGCUCAGUCGGGCGGACACUGCUGACUGCUUCCAUAAGAAGUCUGUGAGUGCAGCUGUCGGGGUGGUGUGGCGAGUGUGGCGGGGGGCAUAGUUACAUCACUGGCCUCAUCCUGGCCCCCUUCACCUUCGGCACCUCCACCAUAGUCACUGCACUGGGCAUUAGUGUGGCAAUAGCUGGGAGCAUCACUUCGGCCACAGCUAAUAUCACUGAUUCAGUUCAAUCCAACAUGGAUCUCAAAAAGGUGGAGAAGAUGAUCCAGGGCUACCAGAAUGAGAUCAGUGACAUCAGAGAUUGUCUGGAAUCCAUGCAACUGUCAGUUGCCCUCUCGCUCUUUCACAUUACAUUGCUACCUUGUGACUUAUGGUUUUGUCUGUUGCGCAUGUAGGAAGGAAUGGCUACCCUGCAAGAAUGGAACUUCAAAGAAUACUCUGAAAGUAUGUUCAGUACGAGUCUUAACCGAAAUCUAAAGCAUGUAAUGAAAGAGGGUGGAUGACCAGGUAAAGCUCUCAUGAUAAACGCUGAUAGGCUCAUCAGCACUGUGAAGGUUCAAGGAGUUGCUGGAGGUGUGGCCAAAGCUGCCAAAGCCAUCAGUGUCACCAUGGAGGUCAUGUCCACUCUCUUCCAUCCUCACCCUGGAUGUCUUCUUUCUUGCCAAAGACUCCAACAAACUCCGCAAAGGUGCCAAAACCAAAUUUGCCUCCAAGAUCCGGGAAGUAUGCUGAGAGCUUCAGCAUGGCCGACUGGAACUAAACAAAGUGAAGACUCAGCUUCAAAACACCAUGGUUGGAAUUGAAGUGGAAGAAUAUGAGGAGCAUUGUGAAGAAGAUGAGUCAGAUCCAAUCAAACUGGCCCUACUUGAACAAGAGCUGGAUCAGUUGGAGGAGAAGCUUGACCAAAAGACUAUGCAGGAACAGGAGAUGAACAGAAGCAAGAAAGGAGAGACUGAGAAAAAGAACCCAAAAAAUAAUGGAAAAGAGAAGUAGUAAGAGUAAAAAAGGGAUGCACUUGUGGUGAACAGUAGAUGAUCCACAUUACACUAGUUGGCCAAACUUUUGUGGACACCCCCUUCUAAUUCCAGGUUUUGCUAUUCUAGUAAUUGUAGUGAAGACAAAUUGUAAUGCGAUGAUAUUCAAUGACAUUCUAGAGAAUUGUGUGCUUCAAAAUCUUUGUGGCAACUUGGGUGUGGGCCCUUUUCUGUUCCAGCAUUACAAGGCUCCUGUGCACAAAGCAAGACAUGGACAACAGGCUGAUGUUUUUGGUGGUUUUUGUGAUUUCUUGUGCUGUACCUUGCAUUAAGGCUGAUGGACACCUAUCACCACCAACAAUUUUGACAUCCAACAUCACCCGUGGUGAGUGUGGAAUAAAUAAACUGUGUGUGGAGAAGCCGACUAAAUGUGAUCCUUCAGGCAGCUCUCAGUGCUUCUUCACCUCCACAUGGUUUUCCACCAAUACCACAAGCUUGGCCUUUGAGCUCAGUGGCAACUCCACCGGUUACAUCGCUUUAGCAGCUGGAGUGAACUCUAGUUUGUCUCAGGGGACCAAUGUUGUCUUUGUCUGUGGUAAUAAUAAUGGCACUUUCUUCUUCCGAACUGCAGUACUCACAAACAACACACUGGUGAUAACAAAUUCGCCUAAUGUGAGCAAUAUCCAAGGUUCAAUACAACAGACCUUGAUUCAGUGUGUCUUCAACAUCCCCAUUGAUUUUAACAUCAGUAACACCAUUGGUGCCCUAGCCACCCUAGGCAUCAAAACCAAAGCUUUCAGCUUCAGCAACCGUGCUAAUACAACGAUUAACACGUUCAUUGAAAUCUUUCAAGGCUCAACUAAUGGAACUGUGCUGGGACAGCCGCAGAGCGUGUUUGGAUCCUCUUUUUUGGUGUAUCUAGCUAAUCCCAAUUCUACUGCCAUAAUCACUUCAUCUCCCACAAAUACCACAGCUACCCCCAAUACAACUUUUGUCACUGUUGCAAACGGUAGCAUCUCACUCACCAGCCUACUGAGCCAAGCUGCAAUUGCCCUGCUCAGUAUCUUCACUCUGCGCCUGCUCUGAUGAGACCUGAACUAGAUCUGGGACCGAAUGACAGAAACACCAUAACUCAGGAUUCCUUUCUUAUCUGUUUUUUCCUAAAUGUUUUCAUUUAAGGUUCAUUUCUGAAUGCUGUGGUGUCUUCAUAUGAUAGACUAUGUAUACCUAGCUAUAUAUUAUCAUAGUAUAACUGUGUCAAUUGUAAUUGCAUAAUAGUUUAAAAAGGAUGAGGAUGUCCUUAUUAGUUUGGUUUCAGGUAAGAAGAAGAAAUAAAUGUGAUUUGGAAGAGGAAGUAGA